AUGAGAAUUACUCUUAUGCAUUGUGGUAAACCUUAUUGGGUUUUAGUUAGUAGACUAUUGGUACCAAGGAAGGAGCAUGCCCAAUUUUUGAGAAGGUUUACGACUCUGGUACCCCCGCUUCAUGUGGUUGAUAUAGAUAUCCCCUUAAAUAAUUUGGUUGCUGAUGUACGAAAAUUGGAGCAAGUUGUAUUGGGGAGAGUUUCAUUUGAGUUUAAGAAGAACUAUUAUGAUUCGACUACAUCAAUGGGAUUCCAUGGCCAGUAUGCUUCGCCAAAAGUUCCAUUCCCAGAGGAGGAGUUUAAGGAGCUCAGAAAUGCAAUUCCAGAUGCAAAGCUCACUGGAAUCUCCAUUGGUUGCAAAGACAGAAUCAAAACUCUUUCAAAAUUUUAA